AAUAAAUAAAUAUAUACAUCAUAGCAUAAUUUCACACAAUGAGUAGUAAGGAACAAAAGCAAGAUAAAAAUAACGAAGUUGAAUCAAUGGAAGUUGUUGAAGAUGAAGAAACAAAACAUCAACGCAUUACAAAAGAAACAAUUACAGAAAUCAAACGUAAUUUCACUUUGUUGGAACGUGCAGUUGAAACUAUUGAAUCAAGAUUCACCACACGUGUUUUGAGAACUUUACCUUCAAUUAGACGUCGUUUGACUUCUGAAAUACUUGCACAGGUGAUCUCGGACUACUAUAAUUCUGGUGAUGAACAAAGAUCAGAGCUCUUGAAAUAUUUGAAUGAGACCGAAAAAGCAUCAAGCGAGGAAGAGACCGAUAAAAAGAAUGUUGUUUUACCUGAAGUUGAUAUUUAUCUUUACUUGAAUGUAUUGAUUUAUUUGUUGGAUAAAAAUGAAUUGGAGAAGGGUCUCGAGUUAUCAAAUAAAACUAUAGAAAAAGUCGUCCAUUUGAACCGUAGAACCAUGGAUCAAAUUGCUGCUCGUGUCUAUUUUUAUCAUGCACGCUUUCAUGAAUUAACAAAUACACUGGCCGAAAUUAGACCUGUUCAGUUAGCGGCACAUAGAACAGCUACAUUAAGACAUGAUGUGGAAAGCCAAGCAACAUUAUUAAAUUUAUUGUUGCGUAAUUACUUUUUCCAUAACCUUUAUGAUCAAGCAGAUAAACUUGUUUCUAAGAGUACAUUCCCUGAAAAGGCAGGAAAUAAUCAAGCUGCUCGUUACGCUUAUUAUCUUGGUCGUAUCAAAGCUCUUCAAUUAGAUUACACUGCUGCUCAUACUUACUUGACACAGGCCAUUAGAAAAGCACCUCAAAACAACGUUACAGCUGGUUUCCAACAAACUGCUUAUAAAUUCUUUAUUGUUGUUCAGCUUUUAAUGGGUGAAAUUCCUGAAAGAUCUGUCUUUAGACAGACUAUUUUAAAGAAGGCCCUUGCACCUUAUCUUGUCAUUACUCAAGCUGUUCGUGUUGGUGAUCUUAACAAAUUUCAAGAAGGAUUAGCACAUUAUGAUGCAGUAUUUAAAAAGGAUAAGACGUAUACUCUUAUUCUUCGUCUACGUCACAAUGUUAUUAAGACGGGUAUUCGUAUGAUCAGUCUUUCUUAUUCUAAAAUUUCUUUGAGAGAUAUUUGUAUCAAGCUUCAUUUGGACAGUGAGGAGGAUGCAGAAUUCAUUGUGGCUAAAGCAAUUCGAGAUGGUGUUAUUGAUGCUACCUUAGAUCAUUCAAAAGGAUAUAUGAAGAGUAAAGAAGUUGUUGAUAUCUAUAGUACGAAUGAACCACAAAAUGCUUACCAUCAACGUAUUAACUUUUGUUUGAAUCUUCAUAAUGAGGCUGUUAAGGCCAUGCGUUUCCCUAUGGAUGCACAUAGAAAAGAAUUAGCUAGUGCUGAAGAAGCAAGGGAAAGAGAAAGAGAACUUGCUCAAGAAAUUGCAGAGGGUGAUUUAGAUGAUGAUGAUGAUAUGGGUGAUUUUUAAUAAUGAAUGUUAUAAAAUAAAUAAAUAAAUGAAGGGAUAGCAUAU